CUUCGACUUCAUUAGAGCCGCGGCCAUGCUCGCUGUGGCCACUCUCGCUGUGGGCCUCCUCCCACAGGUCCGCGUCUCGUGGCCAGUCUUCGAGCUCGCCAGGCCGGCCGUCGUACCUGGACCACCAGCUGAAUCGCUCGGCUCUGCCAUCGCUGGCAUCGCCGCGGCAGCGCUCAUUGCAGCCACGCCGACGACGGUGGCUGCUCUUGAGCCUGAGUUGGGGCAGUACGAGUCGGGGUACCCGAUGAUGCUGGUCGCAAAGGCACCGAGCAAGGCCGCCGAGAUCGACGAGACCGCCGCGCUCAAGGCCAAGCUCGAGGCGGCGGCCAAGGUCGCGGCUGCCCGCGCCGAGGCUGCAGACGCGCCUGCGGCGGCGGCAAAGGCGGCGGCGGCAGAGGUGGCGCCGAGUGCGCCGAGCGCAAAGGAGACGCAGCUGGCCGAGGCCAAAGCGGCCAAGGCGGCCAAGGCCGCCGCCGCCAAGGCGGAACUCGCCGAAGCCUCGGCUGCCAAGGCGGCCAGCAGAGACGCGGCCAAGGCGGCGGCGGCGAACGCGGCGGUGGCGCAGGCCAAGGCUGAGAAGGAGGCAACGGCGCUGGCGGCCAAGGCGGCCAAGGAGACGCAGCUCGCAGAGGCCAAGGCGGCGAAGGAGGCGGCGGCGGCGGCCAGGGCGUCCGAGGCGGCAGAGGCCAAAGCGACUAAGGAGGCGCAGGCGCUGGCGGCCAAGGCGGCGAAAGAGACGCUGCUGGCAGAGGCAAUGGCGGCGAAGGAGGCGGCGGCGGCGAAGACGACGGCAGCGGCGCAGGGGGGCAAGGCGAGCUCGGCGGCGGUUGCUGUGGUAGCAAAGCCCACCGCCCCGGCCGCCAGCGCGAAGGCGGCGGCGCGCGGCGCGCUGGCCCAGCUGCCCGUUUCCUCGCGGCCGGAAGACGUCGUGCUCGCCGUGCGGAGCGGCGCCGUCCCGAACCUGCUGACCAAGACGCUCCCCUCCUCGGUUGGAGUCACGCUGCCCGGCGUGGGCCCGCUGCGAGUCGACGCCACGCCCGAGGAGGUCGCCGCGUCGGACAUCGUCGUCUCUCUGCCGCGAGACCUCGUCAAGGCGGGCAAUAUCUCGGCUGCCACGCCCGAGGAGGUCGCCGCGUCGGACAUCGUCGUCUCUCUGCCGCGAGACCUCGCGGGCAAGCUGGCCGCGGGCGGCGACGCCGGCGCCUGCCUGAUUGAGCCGCGCCGCUGCUCCCGCCCCCUUUCCUUGUCGUUCUUAGUCCCCCACCUGAUGCGCAGGGGUCUCCCUCAAUGCCCCCCGGGUGUGUGUCGCACACCUCUCGUGUUUCUUUUAACCCCCCCCCCCCCCCUGUCAUCAAACGAGGCGUCCGCCUGGCUGUGCCCGGCCUCUCACCCCCGCGCCCUUCCUGUGUAGCCUCAGCCCUCCCCUUCCGUUUCCUUAGGCGUCUCGCUGACUGUGCCUGGCCUGGUCA